AGCCAUGGAUUCAUAUCACGAGUGAAAAAAACCCCCCUUUUUCCUCCGAAAAAACUCCAUCGCGCGAUUCAAGGGUUCGCUCGCCUCCCCCCGCGGCCUCCUCCCCUCUCCCCUUCUUCUUCCCCUCUCUCCCAAACCCUCUCGAUCGAAGCCUUCGAUCCUGUGUCCCUCAUCGUUUCUCUGUUUUAUCGCUCUCCUUUCUUCGCUUCUCCGGGGGGUUGUUGUGCCGCCUGUCGAUCCAAUUCUUAAUUUGAUCUUCGGGAAGAAGGAGAUUAGAGUUACUGGAAGCGGAAAUUUAGGGUUUUGUUCAGGUUUCCAGGAGUUUUAGGGCAUUCUAUUGGCAUUCUGGGAUCCGGUUUCCGGCGCUUGGAACCCUAGAUCUGAGGUUUAGGAAAUCGAGAAAGCAAUUGGGAUCUCCUUCUUUCGGCCUCCGUCAAGAUGUUCUGGCGCAUGACCGGAUUGUCCACGGCUUCUCCCGUGGAUACCAUUUUGGACAAGGAAAACUUUACUUUGGAAGAGCUUCUUGAUGAAGAUGAAAUAAUUCAAGAAUGCAAAGCACUGAAUACCCGUCUUAUCAAUUUUUUGCGAGAUAGGACUCAAGUGGAACAAUUGCUUCACUAUAUCGUAGAAGAAGCUCCUGAGGAUGCUGAAAAGAAACGGGCUUUCAAGUUUCCUUUUAUUGCAUGUGAGAUAUUUACUUGCGAGGUUGACAUCAUUCUGAGAACCUUAGUAGAAGAUGAGGAGCUAAUGAAUUUGUUGUUCUCCUUCCUGAAACCGGAUCACCCGCAUAGUACGUUAUUGGCUGGUUACUUCAGUAAGGUUGUCAUAUGCCUGAUGCUACGGAAGACAUCUACUCUUAUGAGUUAUGUUCAGGGCCAUCCGGAGAUAAUCCGCCAACUUGUUGAUCUCAUUGGCAUCACAUCUAUCAUGGAGGUACUGAUUCGGUUGAUUGGAGCUGAUGAAACUAUGUAUUCCAACUGCACAGAUACAAUGCGAUGGUUGGAAGAUACAAAUGUUCUUGAGAUGAUUGUGGAUAAGUUCAGCUUAUCGGACUCUGCUGAAGUGCAUGCCAAUGCAUCAGAGAUUCUUUGUGCCAUAACUCGAUAUGCCCCCCCAGGUCUUGCUGCUAAGAUUUGCAGUCCAAGUUUUGUGGGAAGAUUAUUUCGUCAUGCACUGGAAGAUUCAAGACCUAAAUCUGUUCUAGUACACUCAUUGUCUGUAUGUGUAUCUUUGUUAGAUCCCAAAAGACUAUUAUCAUCUUCCUAUCAAUCAUUUAGGAGCCAGCUGAGUCAUGGGGCAAUGGUUGCUGCUAGUCCUGAGACAGUUGAUGGCAUGCUGGAGAGCCUAGGUGAUUUAUUGAAGUUGUUGGAUGUUUCUUCUUCUGAAAGCAUAUUGCCUACCACAUACGGAACCUUACAGCCUCCCCUUGGAAAGCAUCGUUUGAAGAUUGUGGAGUUCAUUUCGGUUUUAUUGACAAUUGGUAGUGACUCUGCUGAAAAGGAACUGAUCCGGCUAGGAGCCAUAAAAUGUGUUAUAGAUUUGUUUUUGGAGUACCCUUACAAUAAUUUUUUGCAUCACCAUGUGGAGAACAUUGUAGUAUCAUGCUUAGAGAGCAAGAAUACUCCGCUAAUUGAACAUGUUCUUCAUGACUGUGACAUUGUUGGUAAAAUUCUAUCAGCAGAAAAACAGUCUACACUGUCCGCUGAUUCAAGCAAGCCAACAGUGUCUGCGCAGGGAAAAUCACCUCCCAGGAUAGGAAAUGUUGGUCACAUGACACGCAUAGCUAACAAGCUUUGUCAGUAUGCGAAUAACAACAGCUUAAUCCAGACGUAUUUGCAGGAAAAUAGUGAAUGGGUUGAAUGGCAUGCAAGUGUCUUGCUCAAACGAAAUGCGGUGGAAAAUGUCUAUCAGUGGGCUUGUGGGCGUCCAACUUCACUACAGGACCGAGGCAGGGAUAGUGAUGACGAAGACUUCCGAGAUAGGGACUAUGAUGUGGCAGCACUGGCUAGUAACUUGAGUCAGGCCUUUAAAUAUGGAAUUUACAGUAAUGAUGAUAUUGAAGAGGCUCAAGGCACACUUGAACGAGAUGAUGAGGAUGUUUAUUUUGAUGAUGAAUCGGCAGAAGUUGUUAUUUCAUCUCUUCGUUUGGGGGAUGACCAGGACAGUUCUCUCUUCACAAACUCAAACUGGUUUGCUUUUGAAGACGGCAAAGCAGUUCAUGAGCGUUCAACUGGUUCCCUUGCUUCACCAUCACCCAAUUCAGAUGAGACAGCACGUAAUAUAGAUGAGGCUGAUGAGGUCGUCGUUGGUGAAAAUGAAGAUAUAAUUGACGACAAAACAUCUUUACAAGUGUCCGAGUUAUGUACCACUCCAGGGGAGCCUGAAAGUAUGCUUUUGGGAAAUGGUCCCAUCAAGGAGUCCAAAGAAGACUCUGGAAAGUCGAGUUUAAAUGAAGGCGACAAGCCACCUGAGUGGGUUGAAUGGAGAGAGACAUUGGAAUCAGGUACCCUGCCUGAUAUCAAUCGAACUUCAGGCGUUCCAAAUGGUGAGCUUGAAAAAGAUGAAGAUGAGCACACUAUUUACGAGGUUACCUCAGAUGGAGGGAAAUGUUUGUCAUCAUCAGGGGAUGCAGAAGUAGAAAGGCAUGGUGACGAUGCAGGUGGAUCACCUGGGUCAACUGGUGCGGUCACCGAAAGUUUGCCAGAAUCUGGGAACGCUGGUCUAUGUGCCAAUUCAUCUGAAUCGUCUAAAUCUGUUAAUGGUGAUACAAGUUCAGAGUUAUCAACCAGUCGAGAUGCAGUUGAGGAUGCAGAACAUGAGAAGAAAGCUGUUGAGAAUAUGGGGAACUAAAAUUUAGCUGGGUAUCUGCCAUAUGUUAUUCUGGACCAAUCUGGCAGUGGAUGGCCCUGUCGGACGUUGGUGACCCGAAGGUUGCUCGCUGUAACUCUAGAGCCUUGUACAUCUUGGGAAAAGGCUUGUUGUAUAAGGGCUGAUAUACUAAUUUGCCAUCCAUCGUUACUAGCACUGUACAAAAUGACAGCCCUCUCUAACCUCGGAAAAGUUCUGGCAAGAUCUCGUGAAGCUGCUUCUAUAUGUUCUGUUCUUUGAAAUUUUUGAAAUUGAUUGGUGCCAAUCACGUUGGCAGCUAGUUAAGUCUUAUUUUGCUGUUUCUUGUCUUUGUUACGCUGUGAUGCAUAAAUGGUUAAUUGCCUGUUCGGUUAUUGAAAUAGACAGCUUCUUGGUUUCUCUCAGGCAGGGCAUUUGUAUUUUUUAUGUUCUCAAAUUCGGACAAAUCAAUUUUGGUCUCUGAUGUUACCGUGGUAUCGUUUAUUUUGCAUGUGAA